AUGGCGACACCUGUGGGAUCACACGAUACCCCAACUGAUGAGCACGAUCGAGCUGACGCUCCCGGAGCUGGGAACGAUGCCACCACACAGAGGGCCCGUCGUAGGCAGCGUAGAGAGCAUCACCAUGAGCAAGACCGCCAUGACGACCCCGCGGGGAAAGUUGAGUUUGAGGCCCCUCCUGAACAUCCUACCGAGGAAGAGCUGAGGAGGGAGGAGGAGCAACUUGACGAGGCUCGAGAGCGUCCCGAGGGCUUCGUGUCGCUUGGAGAAGAAUCUGACGAUGCGAGCGACCAUGGGACCCACGGCCAGCCAGGGGAGAGACACCUGGCGAGUCAUUCCAGGAAGCGAUAG